UGUCCCACCACUUGUCACGGAAUUCAAACCGUCUUAAACAUUUUGGUAAGUGAAAACAUUAAAUUUCUAAUGCUUCACUUGGGGCAUUCACAUACUGAUCAUGACAUAAAAACCAUACAUAUUAAUUCUUAAUAAUUGGGAAUCAACAAUUAUGCAUGGUUCUAUCUGAUCGUUGAUAUCAAAUAUACAGAAACAUUUUGUUGAUAUAAUAUUUUUUUAAAGUGUCUUUACUAAGUGGACUAUCUUAUUUCUUUUUAUAAUAGUUUAAAUCACUUUAAGUUCUCAAAGAAAAAUUGUACAGACAAUGGCUAUUGAAUAAAAAAAAAACUCAUUACAAAUAGACAUUAUUCAACCUUUAUAAACAUUCAAACAUUUUACUUCCCUUCUCAGACCAUGUACAAAACUGUGCUCGCCGUUCUUUGCUUGGUCGCUCUCGCUAGCGCCACCGGAUACGGAGGUGGAUACGGAUACGGCGGUGGAUAUGGUGGAUACGGCGGAGGCUACGGCGGUGGAUACGGCGGUGGAUACGGUGGGGGAUUCGGUGGUGUCGGCCUGAUUGGACUCGGUCUCGGUGGACUCGGAGGAGGCUACGGUGGACUCAGAGGCUUCGGUGGACUCGGCGGAGGCUUCGGUGGACUCGGAGGAGGCUGGGGCCAUGGCGGCGGUUACGGUUAUGGAGGAGGCCUCGGCAAAGCUGUUGUCAUCCCAGUUGGAGGUUACGGUAAGUGGCCAGAGUUUCACCUCUGUUACAAUAGUUUAUUUAAACAAAAUACGUUAAUUAUUAAAGAAAAUUAUUUUGUUAUUACGAGUAGUUGCAAUUUUAUGUCAAUGUUAUUUUAUCUUCUUAUUGGUUUGCAAAUCUUUAUUAUGUGCUUAAAUUGUCUGGCCAUUUCAUUGGUUUAUUUCUUUGAAAUGUCUGUGGUCAAAGGGGUGAAAUACAAGUCUUGGAUUUGGUAAAAAACGAAAGUGGAUAAUUUUAAAUGAUUGCUUGGAAUCAAAUAUGGGGUUGAAAUGUAAACUUAUGUUUUGACAUUUUUCAAUGACAAUUCCUUUAAUGGCACAAGGGCAUAAAUCAAAAAUGAAAAAUACUUCAGAAGAUGAAAGUUUUAGAAAGAAAAUGUCGUGUUGGCAAUAUGCAUUGCCUACUAUAAAAUAUGCAUUGCCUACUAUAAAAUAUGCAUUGCCUACUAUAAAUAUGCAUUGCCUACUAUAAAGCACUUUGCUUAAAAUUUAAUGUUUACUUUCCUUUAAUUUCGAUUUUUUUCCGCCCUAACAGGCAAGGGCAACAACUACUAUUAAGAAGCCAGAUGCACCAGGAAUGUUGGA